AUGUCUGGAAGAAGAGGAAAUGGAGGAAGCGGAGGUUCUGCUGAUGCUUCUCCAUUUAUCAAACCAGAUAGACUUAGAAGAAGUUUAAUGAGGGGAAGAAGAAAGCCACUUAAAGGAGCUGGCAUGAAGAAAGAAGAAAAUGGUGCGUUAGGUGUUGAAGUUAAGAAGGAAGAAAACGAAAGUAAAGAAGAAGAAUAUAAUGAGUUUCCCUUAAGAGCUAUUUCAAAAGAUUCUUUGGAUAAUAUGAGAAUUCAUUUAUUAAAAUUUCAAAGUAAGAAAAAAAUAAAUCCAACCGUAGAUUUUCAUUUACCAAUCAGAUUGCAUCGUAAGGAUACAAGAAACUUACAAUUCCAAUUAACAAGAGCUGAAAUUGUGCAAAGACAAAAAGAAAUCCAAGAUUAUAAAAAAACACAACAAGGUAAUGAUUCUAGUCAUGCGAAAAAAACUGGUUUAGCUGCCAAUAGAGCAGCAACUCCAAGUGUUCCAGCGGCUGGUGCUUCUGCCGUUGGCCCAUCAACAGCAUCUACCCAAAUAGCUACAAAUGAUGAACAAAUACCUGCUUCUAAUAGUCCUACAGCAAAUAAUAUAGCUACAAAUGGUACAACUAAUAUCAGUGAUCCAUCGAUACCAACUCCAGAAAACCUAAUUAAAAAGCCAGCAACUGAUACUAAUGACAUGAAUAUUAUACAAACGCCUUUAGAAGUUGUCGGAAUAUCAUCUGAUCCAACAAAGGUUGGUAUGGUUACUUAUGAUGGUAGGGAAGAAGCACCACUAGAGGACGGUUCUUUUGAACAUGGUACAAUUGAUCCUAUGGCUGAUGUUGCGCCUGAUGGGGGUGGUAGGGUUAAAAGAGGUAAUACAAGCAAAAGAAAGACACGUCAAUUAAAAGUAUUGGAUGAAAAUGCUAAGAAAUUAAGAUUUGAAGAAUUUUAUCCAUGGGUGAUGGAAGAUUAUGAUGGAUAUAAUACUUGGGUUGGUUCAUAUGAGGCUGGUAAUUCUGAUUCUUAUGUCUUAUUAAGUGUUGAAGAUGACGGUAGUUUUACUAUGACGCCAGCUGAUAAAGUUUAUAAAUUCACAGCAAGAAAUAAGUAUGCUACUUUAACAAUUGAGGAAGCAGAAAAAGAAUGGAUAAAAAAAGUAGGUGAGAUUCCUAGGUGGUUAAUGAAACAUUUAGAUAAUAUUGGUACUACUACCACGAGAUAUGACAGAACUAAGAGAAGAUUGAAAGCAGUUGCAGAUCAAAGAAUUGAUGGAGCAGAAGAAAGUGAGCAUGACGAUAAUUCAGAAGUUGAACUAGAUUUUGAUGAAGAAUUUGCUGACGAUGAAGAAGCUCCAAUAAUGGAUGGUAAUGAACAAGAAAAUAAAGAAUCAGAACAAAGAAUUAAAAAAGAAAUGUUACAAGCUAAUGCAAUGGGUUUACGUGAUGAAGAAGAGCAUCCAGAAGAAACUAAAGAAGAUGACUUAUUUGCUGAAAAGAAGAUUGAUCAGCAAGGUGAACAAAUCAAGAAAGCUUUGCAAAAAACUGAACUUGCAGCCUUAUAUUCGGAUGAUGAUGAUCAACUAAAUCCAUACUUAUCCGAAUCAGAUUUGGAAAACCCAGAAUCUAAUAAGGAUGAUGAUGAAGAGAAAAAGAGCACUGAUCUUUCGAUUAAAAAGGAAGAAGGAGAAAAUUCUGAUACCACCGGUAAUGGCAAGGAUGCUAUAUCUGUAAAGAAAGAAGGGUCCGAUGUUGUCAUACCAAAUUGUAGAGAACCACAAAUCAGUGUGAAAAGUAUCAAGGAUUGCAUUAUCAUAUUAAAAGCUGAUAAGAAAGUAUUGGAUAAUUUUGAAAAAGGUGAAUGGAAUCCAACUACAGCAAAGCGUAGGAAUGACAGAACAGAUAGCUCAAUUGAUAGUACAGCUCUUUCAAAUACUUCUGGAGUUACCGUUAAAGAAGAAAGUCCAAGAAAGAAAAUUAAAUUAGAAUCAGAUAGUGUUAAUGCAAUUCACCUAAUUACUGAACAAGACAUCAUUGAUGCUAUUGGUGAUGGUAAAGUGAAUGUUAAAGAAUUUGGUAAAAAUAUAAGAAGGCAAUUUCCUGGUGCAGAAAAUAAGAAAUUAAUGUUUUCUAUUGUGAAGAAAUUAUGCCGAAAAGUUGAUAACGAGCAUAUGGAAUUGAAGAAAUAA